AGUCCAAGGUUUGGUCGUAACAUUGUUGCGCGUAGAAAGCUUUGCUAGCGUUGCUUUUACUGGGAGCAAGGGUCGGUUUAUGCGUAUUACGCUUACUUGCACGUCCCGUUACAACGACGUGGUAGGGAGUAUACUAUAGGGGUGUUUGGUACGGUUCUAAAUCAUUCUUUCAGCUAGUCUAAUUUAAGCGUUUCCAGUUAGUGCCCGACAGCGCGAUCGAAUAGAAAGCAGCCGGCAAUGUUGCACGUCGCGCUUUGUUGACGCUCGUCACGGGGAACAAAGGCCUGCCAGACACGUACACUAUCCAGUCCGAAGCGAUUCGGCGAAAGGAAACAUCCGAAGGAAGGUCUCCUUUACGACCCGAGGGCAUUUAUAGACGGGUAAGAUGAGGCGUGCCGCCGUACUCCAUAUGGUGUAAACGCCUCCUGCUUCAUUCCUUCAUUUCUCCGAGAGCUUCCAGUCUCGCCAGUUGGCAAUGUUUACAGGGGCGUUACGCUGAUGCUGAAGCGCAGAAGAAGUCAUGCAGUUGGCACUUUCACCUCUUCUCCUCGUGCUUUCUGCAGGAACUGUGUUCCGGGCGUGCGCCAAUGUCGCUCCCGAGGACGCCGAGUUCGAAGACGUCGAGUUGAGCGACGUUGAAAUUGAAGAUAUCAACGCCGCGCUCAAGAGGUUUCACUACACAAGGUUGCUCAGCAAUGCCGCCAUCGAGGCCGAACUCGUCUUCCCGAAGGUGAACGGUUCGUUUCCUAUGUCUGGGAACGUCAGUCACCUCCGGCCUCAGGCUCCCGAUCGCGUCAACCCCCGGUUUCUGGUGCACACGAACCGCAACGGGGAUGGCGAGAGUCCGACACUCCUGCUCGAAGUGGGCUACGACGGCGACAUGGACGCCAUCGCCGAACUCUUGGACGUGAAAGAGAAGCUGUACAUCCUGGUGCACGGGUUCCGCAGCAAGGCGAGGGCUAGAUGGAUGCAGCGUAUCAAGAAUGAGAUCCUGGCAGUGGAAAAUGCCACCGUCAUCCUGGUGGACUGGAGCCAGGGCUCUGGGGGCAAGAACUACUCCGUGGCAGCUGGCAACACUCGUCUGGUGGCACGCGUGGUGGCGAUGCUGCUUGAGCGCCUGGUGCGCGCCGGGGUGCUGCAGCUGGAGAACGUGCACUACAUCGGGCACAGCCUCGGGGCGCAAACUGCGGGCUUUCUGGGAGAAGACCUGCAGGAUAUGAUGGCUUCCAAGAUCGGCAGAAUCACCGGUCUCGAUCCGGCAGGACCUAUGUUCCAGUCCUUCGGCGUCCACCUGCGGCCUGAGCACGCCCACUUCGUAGACGUCAUCCACACGAGUAUGGGCAUGGGCUUCAACGUCUUCCGGGGCCGGAUGGGCAUCACCAUCGACUGUGGACACGUGGACUUCUACCCCAACGGCGGGAGGCGGCAGCCCGGAUGCAAAGCGCUUGGCAAGUUCGACUGUUCGCACGGCAGGGCGGCCCUGUACUACGCCAACUCGAUCCGCACCUGCAGCUACCCCUCCGUGCCGUGCUCAGACUACAAGACUUUCAAGGCCGGAUGGUGCUCGUCGUGUGGCAGGUCCUGUGGCUUCAUGGGCCACAACGCCAGCCCGCUCCUCAGGGGCAGGCAGUUCCUGCGCAUCUCGGCCGUCUCUCCUCACUGUGCGAGCGACAACAGUGGUCCUGCUUCGGCGGUGAUCGUGUGGACGUACGUGAUGAUGUCUGUCGUCUGCAGCUUGUUCUGCGCUGUCUGCUCGCCGUAGCACCCAGGGACAUCCUCUUUUCAUCCGCUGCAACGUCAUUCGUGUGGAAAAUACCAAGGCUGUGAGUGGUGGGGACGAGAAAUUGACGGCAAGGUUCUGUGUGGUGGUUGGUUGGUGACAAUGAGAAUGUUGUAUGUUUGUAGACACUACUGAAUAUACGAGUCAGCGGUGUUUGAAACGUU